AUGGCUAGCUCCUGCUUCAGCCAAUCAACAGCAGGAUCAGCACGACCAGCAGCAGGACGCGACGAGUCAGGAACCGCUAAGGCGGUGAGAGCAGCCAAGGCGGAGGUGAAGAGGCUAUUGAAGACGCGGCGGCAGGACCUGGGUCUGUGGGCUGCCUAUGCCCGGCUGGAAGCGGAGAGCGGCAAUCUGGAUGCUUCUAGGAAGGCAGCAAUAGGGAUCAGCACCAACUCAUAUGGUGCCUGCAGCAAAGGGAGGGGUGAAGAGGCGGAGGUGAAGAGUCUGUUAAAGACGAGGCGGCAGGACCUGGGUCUGUGGGCUGUGUAUGCACAGCUGGAGGCUGAGAGCGGCAACCCGGAUGCUUCCAGGAAGGUUCCCGACACGGCACUGGCAUCCGUUGCUGCUCUUCCCAAGGACCUGGGUCUGUGGGCUGUGUAUGCCCGGAUGGAAGCGGAGAGCGGCAACACGGAUGCUUCCAGGAAGGUUCUCGACACGGCACUGGCGUCCGUUGCUGCUCUCCCCAAGCAGUCACCAGCUGAAGCCACACCUUUCCUAGUUCUUGCAUACACCCACAUUGAGCUUUCCUCAACCAAUCACUCUGCCAACCAACACCAGCGUCCCCAGCAGCAGCGGCAAGGGCGGCAGAAGAGCAGAAAAGGCCAUCUGAACUGGUCGAUCAACCAACACUGGUGUUCCCUCCACACUCUCGCUUCCUUCGCCGCAUCUGCCCCUUUUUCUGCCCCCUCCCCACUCCCGCCGCAAUUUGACCCAUCUGGGCCGAAAGGAACGCCAUCCCUCCCUGAAGGGGUUGCAGCCGCUGCUGCGGUGAUGGAUGGGUGCAUUGCUGCUGUGCUGCCUGGCCGCCGUGCCUGCUGUCUGCCGCUGGAGCUGCUGUUCGAGAGAUAUGCCUCGCUGCUGCUGCACGCUCUACCAGCCAUCCCACCACAGCAGGUGCGGAGAGUGGUGCUGCAGGGUUUGAAGGAGUUCCCCAGCAACGUGCACCUUCUCGGAACCUUCCUGCGGCUGGAGUCACGCAGUGCGUUCACCAACAGCAUCCGGCGCUUCUUUGACCAAACCACCGCCAGACUAUCCCACCCCUCACCACUCCUGUGGCUGCUCAGUCUCCUGGUUGAGGUGGCACGGCCAGGGGCCCGUCCACGUGUGCGCGGCUUACUGGAGCGGGCGCUUGCCAGCUCAGCAAAGGGGAGUGGGCAAUGUGUGCUGAUGUGGCGGCUGUACAUUGGCUAUGAGCUCCACAUCAGCCGGAAUGUUGAUGCUGCGCGAAGAGUGUUUUUCAGGGCCAUCCAUGCGUGUCCCUGGUCGAAGGCCUUGUGGUUGGAUGCUUUCACACAACUCCAUGGGGUGAUCAAAGGAGAGGAGCUGAACGAGCUUGCCAACAUGAUGAGGGAUAAAGAGCUGCGGCUGCGCACUGAUGUCUACGAGAUCUUGCUUCAAGAUGCCCAAUAA